AUGCUGUCUGAUGACAGAAGACAUGACAUCAUCGUGGAGGUUGAAGAUGUUCCAUCCGGGGACCAAAGCCAUUCCUCCUCGAGUCAGAUUGUUCUAGAAAAGACUCUGGUAAAACCAAGCUUCAGCAUGGCCUCAUUCAUUUCUGAUAUCGACGGGCCAGACUCUCUGAUUUUCAGCAGCCAGAGUGACAAAAAAGGCAAGCAACUGUUAGAAUUUGCAGCGUCUUUGACUGGACUGUUCUCUCACCCCUUCAUAGUCCAGAAGUGGGGCGUGGGCAUGCCUAGUGCUUCGCCUGAAAACAUUCAAGGACAAAAGUUAAUUGCAUCUCUGGCACCCAUGAACUCUAGAGACAGAAUUAAAACCAUCAGGAAUCAGCCAAAGACCAUGGAGGAAAAAAGGACGCUUAGGAAAAUGGUUGAGAAUGAGAAGAGCAGGCAGUCCCGUCCCAUCCUUCAGCUCGGCUGCUGCGCACAGUGUCUGAGCUCCAUCUCACUGGGGUACCGGCGAUCCAAGAACUCCCUGUCAGAAGUGCUCAGUUCCUUCACCCUGUGGCAGAAGACACUCAAAGUCAUCGGGGGCAAGUUUGGAACCAGUGUGCUCUCCUAUUUCAACUUUCUGAGGUGGCUUUUGAAGUUCAACAUUUUCUCAUUCAUUGUGACCUUCAGCUUCAUCAUAAUCCCGCAGUUUACCCAGGCUGAAAAGAACACCCUCCAAUUCACUGGAUUGGAAUUUUUCACUGGGGCGGGCUACUUUCAGGACACAGUGAUGUACUAUGGCUAUUAUAGCAACGCUACGAUCGGACAAGGCAGCGGGAGUGCCACAUACGACAUGCAGCUGGCCUACAUCUUCACCAUGGGCCUAUGCAUGGUCAUCUGCUUUUUCAGUUUGCUUUUCAGCAUGGCUAGGUAUUUCCGGAACAACUUCAUUAACCCCCACAUUUACUCCAGAGGAAUUGCUAAGCUUGUUUUUUGCUGGGACUUCACUGUUACUCAUGAAAAAGCUGUAAAGCUGAAACAGAAGAAUCUUAGCACUGAGAUAAGGGAGAACCUGUCAGAAAUCCGCCAGGAGAAUGUCAAGCUAACGCUCAAGCACAAGCUGAUCCGCUUGUCUGCCCACUUGGCAGCCUGGGUCAUCUCUACCGGAGUGGCCGUGGCCUGCUGUGCCGCUGUUUAUUACCUGGCUGAGAACAACUUAGAGUUCCUGAAGAACCACAGUGACCCUGGGGCGGUGCUGUUACUGCCCUUCAUGGUGUCCUGCAUCAACCUGGCCGUGCCCUCCUUCUACUCCAUGUUCAGGCUGGUGGAGCGCUACGAGAUGCCGAGGCAUGAAGUCUACAGCCUUCUGAUCCGAAACAUCUUCCUGAAAAUGUCAAUCAUUGGAAUUCUUUGUUACUAUUGGCUCAAUGUUGUGGCCCUAGCUGGAGAUGAGUGUUGGGAGACGCUCAUUGGCCAGGAAAUCUACCGGCUCCUUCUGAUGGAUUUCAUGUUCUCUUUGGCCGACUCCUUGCUGGGGGAGUUCCUGCGGAGAAUCAUUGGAACGCGAUUUAUCAAGAGUCUUGGCUCACAGGAGUUUGACAUUGCUGGGAAUGUUCUAGAACUGAUCUACGUACAAACUCUGGUGUGGAUUGGAACCUUCUUCUGUCCCCUGCUGCCCUUUAUCCAAAUUAUCACUCUCUUCAUCAUGUUUUACGUCAAAAACAUCAGCCUGAUGAUGAACUUCCAGCCUCCCAGCAAGGCCUGGCGAGCCUCCCAGAUGAUGACGCUCUUCAUCUUCUUGCUCUUCUUCCCAUCCUUCACUGGGGUCUUGUGCUCCCUGGCCUUCACCAUCUGGAGCCUGCACCCCUCCGCCCACUGCGGCCCGUUCCAGGGUCUGCCCUACAUCAUCCACUCCAUCUACGGCUGGAUCGACACCCUGAGUAAGAGGCCCAGCUACCUGUGGGUGGUUUGGAUCUACCGGAACCUCAUCGGGAGCGUGCACUUCUUUUUCAUCCUCACCCUCAUUGUGCUAAUGAUCACCUAUCUCUACUGGCAGAUCACAGAGGGAAGGAAGAUCAUGAUCAGACUGCUCCAUGAACAGAUCAUCAAUGAGGGCAAAGAUAAAAUGUUCCUGAUAGAAAAGUUGGCCAAACUGCAGGAGGCGGAGAAGAGAGCAAGCCCUGCCAGCACUGCUGUGCCGGGAAGAAGACACGUGCAGCACGAGGACCCAAUAGUCCAUAUGGAGGAACAGGACGCUGCUCAUGAACUUCGACUACGGCAAUGGGCUCAAGAAGGUCAUCCAAUGAUGUGAUGAUUACUGUGCAGGCCAGUCACCAAUCAAGGGACAGAAGCCAGAGAUGGAACCACUUCCAGGACACCUGGGCCGUUCGGAGCUUCUUAGAAGGGAAAUUCAAGCCACCUGCCAGGAGUGGGCUCCCCCACAGUGUGAAUACUGAAGUGGAUCAGGCAUUCCCUGCUGA